UCAGGGAAGUACAUGACAACGUUUCCGCGUCAAACUCGUCCAAACAACGAUCCUACCAUGUCAACAGCGCGAGUUUUUGUCCUGCUCAUUGUCCUCUCUGCCACUUUAGCAGAAGACAUUAAAUUAAAAUACAAACCGUCCACCAAACCUGUCCGAUUAUUCACUGAGGAGGAGCUGAAGAGAUACGACGGCAGCGAGGAGGGACAGCCAAUUUACAUGGCAAUAAAAGGAGUCGUAUUUGAUGUCACCAAGGGAAAAGAAUUUUAUGGAAAAGAUGCCCCAUACAACGCCCUGGUUGGUAAGGACUCCACCCGGGCUGUGGCCAAGAUGUCCCUGGACCCAGCAGACUUGACAUCAGAUACUACGGGUCUCACGAAAGAGCAGCUGGAGUCUCUGGAAAGUGUAUUUGAAGAAACAUACAAAACAAAGUAUCCCAUUGUAGGUUACACAGCGUCACGCAUCCUCAACGUGGAUGGAAGUCCCAACGAAGCCUUCAAACCAGAGGACCAGCCUCAUUUUCAAAUCAAAGAUGAGUUUUAACCUUAUUUUACCUCUAA